CACUAAAUAUUACUACAAGGACUUUUUAACUGUCAGGUGUUUUUCUGCUUAUGUUUACAGCAUACAGGCUGUAGAAAACCACUAAGGUUUUGAAUUUAGAUUAUGAAGAAAAUAUAUAUAUUAGAUGAUUACCAAAGAUGGAUACUAGCUGAGCGAUUUAAACACAACAUCUGUUUCAUGAAAGCAGAAGGGUUUAGAUGUUUUGAGUAUUUCAUAUUGUUGGAUUAAUUCCUAACAUGGAUUGAUAUGUGUUAUUGACCUUAGCUGCCAAAAGAUUGAAGUGUUUUCAAUAAGUGAUUUUUUUUUCUACAAUGUGAAAUCUGAUUUAUUUCUCCUGAAAGAGGAUUAGAUUGCUUGGAAUAAAUGAAAGAAACCGAAAUGGAGGAUUGUGGCUGUUUUGACUGGAUUUGCCAAAUGUUUGAGCGUCCUGAGCGUCGUGUUGUCACGGAGACAGUGCAGCCCCCUCGGUCCUCCAGCACGGCCCUGAACGAGCCAUUACAUUCACGGCGCGACCAAACAUACCAGUCACUUGCACAGAGGCCCCCUACUGAACAGCAAGCCAACUCCACAAAAGCCAAUGGUGACACUGGUGGGGACACUGACAGUCUGUGGAAGGGGGUACGCAACUUGGCCACCAUGUUCAUGGAAGACGGGGAAGAGGAGGGAGUUGGGGCACCAAUUGAGGCCGUCCCGAUUGACGGCAUUGACUAUAAACUUGGAAAAAUACAGCUCGCCCUUAGUUACGAUUUUCAAUCUUUGACGUUGACUUUGAAAAUAUUACAAGCUCAACACUUGCCUGCAAAGGAUUUUACGGGAACUAGUGACCCUUAUGUGAAAAUAUUGUUAUUACCGGAUAAAAAACAUAAACUGUUAACAAAAGUGAAAAAGAAAAACUUGAAUCCGAGAUGGAACGAGUGCUUUUUGUUUGAAGGCUGGCCUCACAACAAGCUUUUAGAGAAGACGUUGUACCUACAGGUGAUUGAUUAUGACCGGUUCAGUCGAGACGACCCGAUCGGGGAGACGUACAUUCCGUUGAAUGAGGUGGACCUCUCGAUGUCCCCACUCAUGUGGAAGUUCCUCGCUCCCUGCAAGGACAGUAGGGGCAAGCUAGGAGAGCUGUUAUUAUCGCUGUGCUAUGAGCCCAACGUGGGACGCCUUACUGUGAUAGUGAUCAAGGCCAAGGAUCUCAAGGCAAAGGACAUCACCGGAGCCUCAGAAUGCCAUCACUUUUUAGCCAAAAAGCCCAAACUUGGGGCAGAUCCAUACGUGAAGAUGUGGUUAUGCUUUGGCAAGGAGCGCAUGGAGAAAAAGAAGACCUCAAUCAAAAUGCGGAGUUUGAACCCAGUGUACAAUGAAUCGUUCAUGUUUGAGAUUCAGUGGGACAAGAUUAGAGAGGCCCAUAUUGAAGUGACGGUGAUGGACUUCGAUAAACUUGGUAGGAAUGAAAUGAUUGGGAAAAUACUGUUGGGCUCAAAGAGCGGCCCCUUAGAAACCCGGCAUUGGAACGAUAUGAUCUCCAAACCACGACAGCAGGUCGCACAGUGGCAUCUGUUGAAGGAUUGAUGAUGGCUGUGUUCGUAGUGCUAGUUGCAGUUUCAUAUGGGUGUACAAGUGUGUGAGUGGUUCACUUCAUGGUGAUGCAAAAUUGAUUGUUUGUGAAGUGGGGCAGCCCUGUGUGCUUUGGAAAUGUCAGCGUGCUCUGCACAAAUAGACAUUGAUGUGAUUGAUCACAUGUCACUGUGGAUACCCAGUUGCUGUAUUUUGUGGCACCGUUUGAUUAUUGUCCCAUGCUUUUAACAAUGGCAGAUGAUAAUAUGAUGCAUAUAACAAACAUAUUGUAAUGCAUUACAGUAAAACAGCUUCAUAUUAUUUGUUGACCCACAUCCACAAUUAAAUCUUCAGAGAGACCAGCUCUUGAGGGAAGGGUUGUUAAGAAGAUAUUUUUCUUUGGUGAUUUUGGUUAGUAAUAAUUAUUUUAUAGGAUUGUUUGUGAUACAUUAUGUUGUUUCUAUAGAAACAGAUUUUUUUUUGUUAUUUAGUAGCUAAAGCUACAAAAAUGAGUUUAUGUUUUAGUAUAUAUAUUUUUGCAUUCUGUUUAGCUUUUGAUUUUUUGUGAUAUGGGCUGUAAAAUGGAUCCUAUGAAGGCAGUAUGAUAGGUUUACUGUCAAAUAUUAUGGCUCAUAAGCAGAUAGACAUACCUGCAUGUAUGUUGAAAUACAUUUGAAAACACUCACUCAUUUAUGCACAAUUUAAUGUCUUUUUCCAAUUCAUGACAUAAACAUCAAAGAUGUUACUUUCUCUACAGCACUCAAUUUUAGUUAUAACUUCUAUUUACAAACCAUUAUGAAAAAAGUUAUAUUAUUUUAAACUAUGUCGUCCGCAUGAUAUUGAGUGAAAGUGAGGUCUUGUGCUGUAGGGGGAAAUCGAGUUCCUGGAGAAAACCCACUGAUCCAGCUUGGUGAGAUGAAAUCAAAUGACACACGCCCACUAGCCGGGAACCAUACCCGGGACUCUUUUGUUAGAAGCUAGUAUGCUGACUAGACAACCUAUAAGUUUUGAUGUCAAUGUCACAAUUAUAGAUAGCAGAUUUAAGGCAACUCAGUUGUCUUAAAAGGUUUAAAAGAGGUAAAAAUGCUUUUAGAUUAUUAUAGAGGAAUAUAUAUAUUCAUAAAAGUUCAAAUGUGAUAUUAAAGGAAUGUUUUGUCCACCAAAGUCAGUUUGUAUCUCAACACUUUCCUUUAAAAAAAAAAAAACGCACACGCACACCCACACACGCAGUUGAAAAAGUUUAAAAGGUGAUGUUUUAUGGGUACGUCACAUCUCAUUAGACUUUAAUAUACUAAAAGUGUAUUUUGCUUCAUACUUUUCACUUUUCAAAAUUGAAUGCCAAAAUGAUUUUGUUUUCUUUUACAUAAUGCAAUUUUCAUGCACUUAAAAAAAGUAGACAGUCUGGCCUUCCUCCAGGCCGCAAUAUUUCUUGCUUAAUAAGGGUAAAUGGCCAACUGAUGAUAUCGAGAAUGGCAAAUAUAUUACGGCCAUAUGGAUAAUAAUACAAAAUAAAUCACAUCUCUGGCAUUAAUGUCCAGUAUCUUGGGAUCUUUAAAAGAGAAAAACAGCCAGUUCUGGUGCUAGUUAAACCUCGAUGAGACAGAGUAAGUGACGGUAUGCCAAAAAUUGCAGUUUUGCAGUACUGCCUGAGUGUAUAAUGUUCUAAAUUUUAGAACAUGAAGUGUCAAGCAUCUUGGCUUAUUUUCAAAUUUCUUGGCCACACACAUUUUAGUUUAUAAAUAUAAUUAUUCUUAGUCUUGUGAAAAAGUACUUUGUAGUUCCUUCAUUUUAAAAUUGUUUUCUUUUGGGAACAAAAAGCAGAAAUAUGUUUUUGCUUUUAAAAGUAUAAUAAUGCCAUUAUUUUUGGUAUCAAAUAGGAAAGUUAUUAGAAGUUUAUUACCUAUGUCAUGGAAGUUUUUAUUUUUAGAUUACUGAAUUGCUUUUAAAAUACAUUUAGUAACCAAAUCAAGUGUACAUUUUCUUCUGCAACAGAGCUUUAAUUAUAUAUUAAGUCACCAUUUUUGUGUUAUUCAGCUAUUGUUACAAAAACAUUUUCCAGACAGAUUAAUUAAGUUCUUAAUUCUUACCUUAAGUUAUUUAAUGAUUACAUGAUCAUUUUCUAAUAUAUUUUGACUCUUAUGUUGUGAUUUGGACAAAUAAACACAAAACAACCUUUAAUUACUAACUAAAAUAGUGUAUACAUAUAUCUUGGUAGCAUGACAUAUAUAAUGGUUACCUGAGAUAUAUCUUGGUUACCUGACAUAUAUCAUGGUUAUCUGACAUAUACACACGUAUCAUGGUUACCUGACAUAUCUUGGUUACCUGAAAUAUAUCUUGAUUACCUGACAUAUAUCAUGGUUACCUGACAUAUCUUGGUUACCUGAAAUAUAACUUGAUUACCUGAAAUUUAUCAUGGUUACAUGAAAUACAUCUUGAUUACCUGAAAUAUAUCUUGAUUACCUGAAAUAUAUCAUGGUUACCUGAAAUUCAUCUUGUUUACCUGAAAUAUAUCUUGAUUACCUGACAUAAUUUUAUAUCAUGGUUACCUGACAUAUCUUGGUUACCUGAAAUAUUACUUGAUUACCUGAAAUUUAUCAUGGUUACCUGAAAUUCUCUUGAUUACCUGACAUAUAUCAUGGGUACCUGACAUAUCUUGGUUACCUGAAAUAUAUCUUGAUUACCUGAAAUAUAUAUAGAUUACCUGACAUAUAUCAUGGUUACCUGACAUAUAUCUUGGUCACUGAAAUAUAUCUUGGUUACCUGAUGUAUUUCAUGGUUACCUGACAUAUAUCAUGGUUACCUAACAUAUAUCUUUGUUACCUGACAUAUAUCUUGGUUACCUGACAUAUAUCAUGGUUACCUGACAUAUAUCUUGGUUACCUGAAAUAUAUCUUGGUUACCUAGCUUUCAUGUAAAAUAGCAGAAAAUAACAGAUUUGUAUUUAUUUAACCAAUCAGGUAAAAAUAACAUUUAUUCAUUGAUGAUGUCAUGUCAAGAUUUAUUACACUUAUAAGAUAUCAGAAAUAUAUCAUUUCCUUAUUUCAUGAUGCUGACGCCAUUUAUAAUGAUCUUAAUUUGUUAUUUAUUUGCUUGAUUUCCUUGAGUUUGUUCACUCAAAUGGUUCAAAAUAUACCAAUAUGCAAUGCAGUGCUUUUUAAAUGUAUGGAAACAAAUUGCUUUAUUUAAGCCAUUUUUUGUGAAACUUUUUUUUGUUUUCAUCUUAAAAUAAACUGGUAUAUUUACCCAAACAUACCUUAGAAUUUUAUGGGCAUUCUAUAUUUGUUUUGUGUUUUUUAACAUCUUGCUACAUAUAGUUUGUGUAUGAAAAUGUAACAAAUGUUUUCCAGUAUGAAUUAAAUGCAUCCAAGCAAAGAAUUAAUGUAGAGCAGCCUGUUGCAUAAAACUGGUUAAUUCCUUAGUUUGGUUCAAGUUAGCCAAAAUGUUAAUGGAUUGGUCAAUAUUUAUCCAACAAUUGUUGACCAAUCAAAUUGCUUUGAUCUACAAACUAGCCAAAAAUAGCCUGUGGUACCUUAUCCAGUUUUAUACCAUUUGGUGCAGGUCCAUAAUGGAAGUUCUUCAAUUGAGUCUGAUAUGGAGUUGAGCUGCUUGUCAUAAAAACCACAGAAGGCAAUUGCAUAAAGCUGUUAUUUACAGGCCAUAUUAUGGCUUGUUUGCACAUAUUAGAACUAUGAAUAGUCAAUAGUUAUUAUUGGAUGAAUAUUGACCAAUCAAAAUUAUUUUGGCUAACUAAUGAACCAACCAAAGACUUAACCACAAAUGGCUGCAGAACUUACAUGUGUACACAUGUAUGGAAAUUUUAUCAGUUUUAUGAUUUUUUCAUCAAAUACUGAAAAAUACAGGCAAAGAAUUUUUAAAAAGCAAGAUCAAACUACUUGAAAACAAUUUAAUUAUUUUUAAAUGUUUUCAUGUUAUAACGUUUUUGUGUGCGACUAAGCAGAUUAAAAAAAAUAUUGUCCUUUUAUUGAACCUGUACUGUACCGUGAUUUGUAUAGUUUUUGUUAGAUGUCAAGUUCCAGAAUGAAGAUUAAGUUUUCUCUUGUUGUUAUCCAGUACCAAGGUUACAACCAUUUUGCCACCGUCUUAUUUACAAACCUAUGGUAACCAUCACUUUUUCCAAUCAAUAUUUCUAAUAAGUAGUGAUAUAUAUUUAAAAAAUAGUAUUUUAAUUAUCAUAUAAGUUGAUUUGAUUUUUGUAUUCACUUGUGACAUUGACUGAUCAUAAUCAAUGGAAUUUUUUGAUAUUAUAAUAUAUUAGCAUACGACCUACAUUUUCAGCCAAUGAAAUUGCAGAUCAUUAAGAACUAGAUGUAAUCAUUAAGAAUUUCAACUUUAGGGGGUGUUUAAUGGUCUGGCUAUCGCCACUCAUCAGAUACAUACCCCCUGCUUCAGAUUUUGCGUUGACAAUGUGUCAGCCAAAGAGGUAGUAUUCUAAGACAGUAAGAUGACCGGAAGUAAUAUUUUAAUGAUUAAGAAGAGCUUGUUCGCUGUUAUAUUUUGUACCUCGUUAAUCCUUCUAUCUGUUGUCUGUUAAUGACUAUCAAUGCCAUUGUUCUGCAACUGUUCUUGGCGAAUGCUGCCAUUAUUAUGCAUCUAUGUCAAUCUGAUAUGUUAGAUGUGAUGCAUUACAUGAAUGUAUUCCCAUGUCCUGUACCCUACCAUGCCAAACACGGAAACAUAUAUUUCAUAUCCAUUUCACUCGCAUAUAUUAUGAUCGUUUUCUUUAUGAUAUGAUAUGGUUUCUUUCUUCAAUGAUUUGAUUUUUUCUCUUCAAAUUUAUGUAUACAUAGACCCUGCAUAUGUUAUAAUGAUAGUAUUUGAUUAUUAUUUUUGUUAAAAUCUAGUAGUAAAAGUUUGAAGGAAGUUUUUGAUGACAAUUGCUUUUAAUUAAUCAUAAUUUAAAUUCUUAAUGCUCCCACACCAGCUACAUGUAGGACACUUUCUGCAUUGCUAUUGUAAUUAUUCAUUGAUUCAGAUUAUGUUAUGUUGUUAAAACUUGUUGUUUAAGAUACACUAUUAUUCUAAUACAUUUCCAUCCUGUCAGAAAUCCAUUGUUUGCAAUAUUUGUACAUUGACUGUAUUAUAUUAAUGUUUUAAUGUAAUAAAAAUGGAGAAUGUC